AUGAAAGCGAUAUACCUGAUUGCCCUAAUGUCAGCCGCUACAACCAAUCCCAUCGGCCCCCUCGAAGAGGAUGUGCAGAACGUCGAGCAAAGACGACCCCUAACGGACAAGAAUUUUGGUAACCUCCACGUCUAUGUUCAGCACGCCGCCGCCGCGUAUUGCAACGUGGGCAAGAGGACGGGCGAUCUCAUCAAAUGUAAGGGCAGUUGCCCUGGCAUUAAGAGUGACAGAGUAACGAUCUCUGCCUCCUUCCUUGGAUCCUGGACCGGCAUCGGUGGUUACGUCGCUCUCGACCAUGCCCGCCGCGAAAUCGUCCUCGUCUUCCGCGGCAACAACAACAUCCGCAACUUCAUCACCGACAUUCUCUUCGUCUGGCAGGACUGCGACCUUGUCCACGAAUGCAAGGUGCACUCCGGUUUUGCGAAGGCCUGGGAAGAAAUAUCUGACGCCGCCACCCGAGCUAUCAGCGUCGCUCGUUGCUCCCACCGUAAAUACAAGAUCGUCAUCACCGGCCACUCGCUUGGCGGCGCUGUCGCCACCCUCGCAUUCGCCUACCUCCGCCGCAGGGGCUUCGCAGCGGAUCUGUACACCUUUGGCGCCCCGCGCGUAGGUAAUGACCAUUUCUCCAACUGGAUGACCAGCCGGCCUGGUGGCCAAUGGCGCGUUACUCACCGUAAUGACCCUAUCCCCCCGUCUGCCUCCCAUCUUCGUCGCUACCGCCACAUAUCCCCUGAGUAUUUGCUCACGGGUAGCUUUGUAUGGAAAAAUGACUCACUCGUCGACGAGGUGCGGCGUUGUGGCGGCAUUGCGAACACGGCCUGCAAUGGCGGCACAUUUGGCCUCAAUUUAAUCUCCCACCUCCACUAG